CAGCAGCAGCAGCAGCAGAGACGCAAACACGAGCCGGCGGAGGAAGAGCCCACUGAAGGUGUGACAGCCCGCGGGUGAGCCUCUACUCCAGCAGGCGGACACCAUGAACUACGUGGGGCAGCUGGCGGGCCAGGUGCUGGUGACAGUGAAGGAGCUGUAUAAGGGGAUCAAUCAGGCCACUCUGUCGGGCUGCAUUGACGUGAUCGUGGUCCGACAGCCUGAUGGGACGUUCCAGUGCUCCCCUUUUCAUGUCCGCUUCGGAAAACUGGGGGUGCUGCGCUCCAGAGAGAAAGUAAUUGACAUAGAAAUCAACGGGGAGCCGGUAGAGCUGCACAUGAAGCUGGGAGACAACGGAGAGGCCUUUUUUGUGCAGGAGACAGAGCAGCACAAUGAGAUUGUUCCAGCUCACCUGGUGACGUCGCCCAUCCCCACAGAGGAAGCUCUGCUCCGCAGCAGAGAGCCCAGAUGUGGCGGAUUGGCGGCAGAGAUCAGUCAGCCUCUGAGUCCACAAGACUCGGCCUCUGGAGAACUCCCACCCUGUUUAAACACAACUGGGAAGAAGAAGAGGAGACGCAGGAGGAAGCACAAGGCGGAGCCACGUAAGGAGGAGCAAAGCACACCUGCAGGCGGGGAGCUGGAGCUGUGUGAGCUCAGUUCAGAUGAAGAGCACAGCACACACAAUGGACGGGCAUCCGCACUCUCCACGAUGAAGGACAACAUGGACCACAGACAACAUUCCCCCCUCACCACGCUCGAAUGGGACAGCUACCCUUUCUCUGACGGAGACUGGUCCCCUUGCAAUACCAGGGAGAUGUCGGAGCCCAUGUCGCCCAAGAGUGACUCUGAGCUGAUGGUGAAGCCGGCAGAGAGCAUGCUCAGGGCUGAGUCGCACAUGCAGUGGACCUGGGGAGAGUUUCCAGAAUCCACAAGGGUCAACAAAAAGGACAAACCGGAGCCAAAGAUGUUGACCAUCACCCCCUCUGAGAGCACACAUUUCAGGGUUAUCUUAAGCACAGAAGCCAUGGAGGACAGAGAAGAAGACAGAACCACAGAUCGUGUUUGCAGUAUUGUUAAGCCUGAGCCUCGGACCAUCAAAUUUGAUAAGCACAGCUGCAAACCACAGCCUCCCGAGGCUUCGUCAUGCAAUACAAACAUUACCAAGCACAAGCAGGACAUUUCAGAUAAAAUGUCCAGCAGUUUUACCUCAGAGGCAUGUCCCACAGACUCUGACCUCAGCCUAAAAACCACACGCAAGACCAGGUGGACAUCUACGCCACCCAGCCGCAGGGACAGCGGCUCUGCUGCCAGUGGAGACAGUAACGUGGCCGGAGACUCAGCAGCUGCUCGUCCUGAUUCAAGCGCCUCUUCUAAAGCCACUGACUCCCCUGCGAAGAGACGAGGUGUGAGGAAGAGGAGCCAGCAUCAGGGGCCUGAUGAUAUUUACCUGGAUGACCUGAAUGCACUUGAACCUGAUGUUGUUGCGCGGUACUUCCCAAAAAGUGAGUCUGAGCAGGUUCCUAAACACUGGGUGGAGAUGGGGAGGCGCUCUGGAUCCCAGUCUCCCCAGUCUGUAGGCAGCGCAGCAGCAGACAGCGGCACUGAGUGUCUGUCAGACUCUGCUGGUGACCUGCCGGACGUCACCCUGUCGCUGUGUGGAGGUGUUGGUGAAAACUCAGAGAUCCCGAAAGAAAAGUUCAUGGAGCACAUCAUCACUUACAACGAAUUUGCAGAGAAUCCAGCGAUCAUCGACAAUCCUAAUUUGGUGGUUAGAAUUGCAAACAGGUAUUACAACUGGACACUGGCAGCACCGUUGAUUCUUAGUAUGCAGGCUUUUCAGAAGAACUUACCAAAGGCCACAGAGGAGGCCUGGGUGAAGGAGAAAAUGCCUAAAAAGUCUGGCCGCUGGUGGUUCUGGAGGAAGAGCAGCGUGAAGCAGCUAUCAUCAGAGACCAAGUUAGAGAGACAGGAGUCUCUGAACAGAGAGAGCCCGGCCCUUCGCCCGGCCCCAGAAACACAGCAGAAAGCAGCAGAGUGGUCGAGUGACGAUGAAACUAAAGAGCUGAACGCUGUGGCAGCUGCUCUGAAACCUACUGAGCAUGUGCAGACAGAAGGCCCUGCACCGGCACCUUGUCCCUCAUACAAGAAGUCCCUCCGCCUGUCGUCUGAGCAGAUAGCCAGCCUGAAGCUAAGAGAGGGCCCUAAUGACGUCACCUUCAGCAUAACCACUCAGUAUCAGGGGACAUGUCGCUGCGAGGGCACCAUCUACCUGUGGAACUGGGACGACAAAGUCAUAAUCUCCGACAUCGAUGGCACCAUCACCAAAUCAGACGUGUUCGGUCAGAUUCUGCCUCAGCUCGGGAAAGACUGGACUCAUCAGGGCAUCGCUAAGCUUUACCACUCAGUGCACGAGAACGGUUACAAGUUCCUGUACUGUUCGGCCCGAGCGAUCGGCAUGGCUGACAUGACCCGAGGUUAUCUGCACUGGGUGAACGACAGAGGGACUCUCCUGCCUCAAGGACCCCUGAUGCUGUCCCCCAGCAGCCUCUUCUCCGCCUUCCACAGAGAGAUCAUCGAAAAAAAGCCUGAGAAGUUCAAGAUCGAAUGCCUCACAGACAUCAAGAACUUGUUUUUCCCAAACACAAAUCCCUUCUACGCUGCUUUUGGAAACAGAGAAAAUGACGUGUUCGCCUAUAAACAAGUAGGCGUGCCCGUGUGUCGGAUAUUCACAGUCAAUCCCAAAGGGGAGUUAAUCCUCGAGCAGGCCAAAGGCAAUAAAACAUCAUACAGCCGCCUCAGCGAACUGGUGGAGCACGUUUUUCCUUUACGGAGCUCACAACACAACGCCACCUUCAGCUGCCCGGAGUUCAGCUCCUUCUGUUACUGGAGGCAGCCGAUCGCUGAGGUGUGUUUUGAGGAGCUGCUUUAA